AAUAUUAUAUAAAAAAAUCAUGUGCUGACAAAAUGAAAAACUGAAAAUUGCGGGAGUUUCGUUUAAAACGAGAACAAACAUGUACAUACUCCAUGUAUAAAUAAACUUCAGGGCCAAAAAGCUCGUAGCUGCCUAGAGUAACGGCCCCUUGGAACCCCAAUUCUAACUUAUUCUGAUGAUCACCCGCCAUUUGAUUUUCAAAGCCCGCCUCACUAAAACUCUAAACAGUCUAAUAAUUUUCCAAAGACUCUGUUCAUUUCAACAUGCCUGCCAAGUGUUCGAUAAGAAUCCUCAUAGAGUUAAUAUCUCUGCUCAUCAAUCCAUGCUUAAAGAGAUUCGUGAAAAUAGUCAUGCCAGAGCUCUUGACAUUUUCAAGAAAGAGCGUCACCUGGGUCUCUUCAACAUUGAUGAAGUUGCGGUCGCCAUUGCACUCAAGGCUUGUCGAGGGGAUUUGAGGUUUGGGUGCCAAAUGCAUGGGUUUGCUGUGACCUCUGGCUUGUUUGGUUAUUUGACUGUAUCAAAUUCUUUGAUGAACAUGUAUUGUAAAGCUGGAAAGUUCAGUCUAGCUUUUUCGAUGUUUGAGAACCUUGAUGUCCUGGAUGUUGUUUCUUGGAAUACUAUUCUUUCGGGGUUUCAAGAUGGUGAAGACGCGUUGAGUUUUGCUUGUAAGAUGAAUUCAAGUGAGUUUAAAUUUGAUGCUGUUACGUAUAAUGUUGUUCUAUCGCAUUGUGCAGACAACGAAGAGUUUUGUUUUGGAAGUCAGUUGCAUGGUUUAGUACGUAAAUGCGGUAUGGAGGGUGAAAUAUAUGUUGGGAAUGCACUUAUAACGUUGUAUACUAAAUGGGGAAGAAUGCUGGAAGCUGAUAGAGUAUUUAAAGAUAUGCCCGAAAAAGAUUUGGUUUCAUGGAAUUCAAUGAUCUCUGGUUACAAUCAGGAGGGGAAUUAUGGGGUUAAGGCCAUUGAAGCUUUUGUUCAGAUGGUAAAAGAGGGAAUGAAGCUUGAUCACGUUUCGUUUACUAGUGUAGUUUCAUCUUGCGGGAAUGAAAGAAAUUUGAAGCUUGGAAGGCAGGUGCAUGGCUUAACAAUUAAAAGGGGAUUUGAGAUGCAUGUUAAGGUUUCUAAUGUUUUGAUCUCUAUGUAUUCCAAGUGUGAGGUCAUAGAAGAUGCACGAUUGGUCUUUUGGAGCAUGAAUGAUCGUAAUGUGAUAUCCUGGACAACAAUGAUUUCGAUAAAUGAAGGGAUUGCCGUUUCUCUAUUCAAUGAGAUGAGAGGUGAUGGAGUUUAUCCAAAUGAUGUUACAUUUAUUACACUGGUUCAUGCCAUAACAACCCAUGUUAUGAUGUAUGAAGGUAAAACUGUUCAUGGGUUCUGUAUAAAGACAAGCUUUGUAUCAGAAAUGAAUGUUGCCAAUAGCUUCAUUACCAUGUAUGCUAGGUUUGAGGCCAUUGAAGACUCAAAACGAGUGUUCGAUGAGCUUGAGUGCAGAGAAAUUGUGUCUUGGAAUGCUCUAAUCUCUGGGUAUGAGCAGAAUAGAAUGUAUCAGGAAGCUGUUCAGACAUUUUUGUUAGCAAGAUUGCACCUACGACCAAACCACUACUCAUUUGGCAGUGUUUUAAGUGCGAUUGGGGCAUCCGAGUCCAUUUCUUUGAGGCAUGGAGAAAUGAGUCAUUCUUUUUUGGUGAAGCUUGGACUGAACAAGGAUCCUAUUGUUUUAAACGCUCUCCUUGACAUGUAUGCAAAACGUGGACACAUUUCGGAGUCUCUAAAAAUAUUUAAAGAGAUACCAGAAAGAAGCCAAGUUGCUUGGACAGCUAUUAUUUCAGCCUAUGCAAGGCAUGGAGACUAUGAAUCAGUUAUGAUUUUGUUUGAAGAGAUGGGAAGUGAUAAUGUUAGACCAGAUUCACUUACGUUCCUUUCUAUCUUAACUGUUUGUGGCAGGAAAGGAAUGGUUAAUAAAGGCCGUGAAAUGUUUGAAUUAAUGGUAAACGUCUAUUCAAUUGAGCCAUCUCAUGAGCAUUAUUCAUGCAUGGUAGACAUGUUGGGACGAGCAGGGCGGUUAGAUGAGGCAGAGGAGCUUGUGAAACAGAUUCCAGGAGGACCUGGAGUGUCUGUAAUGCAGAGCUUGCUUGGAUCUUGCAGAGUACAUGGUAAUGUGGAAAUGGGGAGGUGGGCAGCCGACGCAUUGAUGCAGAUGGAGCCCCAAGAAUCUGGUUCGUAUGUGUUGAUGUCAAACUUAUAUGCAGAUAAAGGGGAUUGGGAGAAAGUAGCAAUGAUACGUAAAGUGAUGCGAGAUAGAGGUGUAAAGAAGGAGAUAGGUUUUAGCUGGGCAGAUGUAGGCGACACUGAUGGUUCCUUGAGUUCACAUGGAUUCUCAUCUGAUGACAAGACUCAUAAACAAUGGGAGGAGAUCUAUAAAAUGGCAGAAUGCUUAGGAUCAGGAAUGAAACUAAUUUUGAAGGCCGGGGAAGAUUUUGCAUUGCAAGUAUAACAGUUGGUCCAGACAUCUUAUUUUUUAGACAGGAUGGUCCAUACAUUAAUGGAAAUCCACACGAAAUAUAAUGAUUUUUUUUAUUCUUA